CCUAGUCAAUGGUAAAGAUAUACAUAUAUUAGUUGCUUAUUGGUCAAAGUUUCAAGCGAAAAACAAUGGACAAAUGGAAAUAUGUAAGGUUAGCUCAGUUCCUUGUUACUUUGUCUCUACUGUUCCUAGAGACAUCUUUUGGAUUAACAGGUAACAAGACCCUGUGUUUAGAUAAGGAGAGAGAUGCCCUUCUUGAGUUCAAAAGAGGCCUUAUUGAUUUUUUUGAUCAUUUAUCCACAUGGGGUGAUGAAGAAGAUAAACAAGAAUGCUGCAAAUGGAAGGGUAUUGAAUGUGACAGAAGAACAGGUCAUGUAACUGUUCUUGAUCUACACAAUGAGUUUACUUGUUCUACCAGUGCUUGUUUUGCUCCAAGAUUGACAGGUAAGCUUAGCCCUUCUCUGCUUGAGUUGGAGUACUUAAAUUUCUUGGACCUCAGUGUGAAUGAAUUUGAAAGAAGUGAAAUACCAAGAUUCAUAGGCUCCCUUAAGAGACUAGAGUACUUGAACCUCUCAUCUUCUUUUUUUUCUGGUGUAAUUCCAAUACAGUUCCAGAAUCUAACUUCUUUAAGGACUCUUGAUCUUGGAAACAAUAAUCUUAUAGUGAAGGACCUUAGAUGGCUUUCUCGUAUGUCUUCUCUAGAGUUUUUGAGUCUGAGUUCUAGCAACUUCCAAGUAAACAAUUGGUUUCAAGAGAUAACUAAGGUCCCUUCAUUGAAAGAACUGGACUUGAGUGGUUGUGGACUCUCUAAGUUGGUUCCAUCUCAAGCUGAUUUAGCCAAUUCUUCUUUCAUCUCUCUUUCUGUUCUUCAUUUAUGUUGUAAUGAGUUUUCUUCUUCAUCUGAAUAUAGCUGGUUAUUCAAUUUUAGCACAAGCCUAACUAGCAUUGACCUCACUUAUAAUCAACUCAUCGGUCAAAUUGAUGAUCGCUUUGGGAGCUUGAUGUAUCUUGAACAUCUUAAUCUUGCUAAUAACUUUGAGAUUAAAGGUGGGGUUCCCAGUUCAUUUGGGAAUUUGACACGUUUACGUCAUCUGGACAUGUCUAACACUCGGACAGACCAAUGGCUUCCUGAGUUGUUUCUCAGGUUAUCAGGCAGUAGGAAAUCACUUGAGGUUUUGGGGUUGAACGACAACUUGUUAUUUGGUUCAGUUGUUAAUGUCACAAGAUUUUCAUCCUUGAAGAAAUUAUACCUGCAGGAAAAUGUGCUGAAUGGUUUUUUCAUGGAAAGAGCGGGACAAGUUUCUAGGCUUGAGUAUCUGGAUUUUUCUGAUAACCAAAUGAGAGGGCCAUUACCAGAUUUAGCAUUGUUUCCAUCAUUGAUAGAGUUGCAUCUUGGCUCUAAUCAAUUUCAAGGGAGGAUACCACAAGGUAUUGGAGAACUUUCACAGCUUAGAAUUUUGGAUGUCUCAUCCAAUAGACUGGAAGGAUUACCAGAAAGUAUGGGGAAACUAUCGAACCUGGAAAGUUUUGAUGCCUCUUAUAAUGUCCUGAAGGGUAUAAUCACUGAGUCCCACCUUUCAAACCUUUCCAGUUUAGUGGAUUUGGACUUGUCAUUCAACUCAUUGGCUCUAAAGAUGAGCUUCGAUUGGCUUCCUCCUUUUCAGCUACAAGUUAUAAGCCUUCCGUCUUGCAAUUUGGGACCUUCUUUCCCAAAAUGGCUUCAAAAUCAAAAUAACUAUACUGUUCUUGAUAUUUCUCUUGCAAGUAUUUCAGACACACUUCCAAGUUGGUUCUCUGGUUUCCCCUCCGAUCUCAAGAUCUUGAAUCUCUCAAACAACCAAAUCAGUGGAAGAGUGUCUGACUUAAUAGAGAAUACAUAUGGUUACAUGGUUAUAGAUUUAAGCUCUAACAACUUUUCAGGGCCUUUGCCGCUAGUCCCUACCAAUGUCCAAAUAUUUUACCUGCAUAAAAAUCAGUUUUUCGGAUCCAUCUUUUCAAUUUGUCAAAGUAGAACAUCCCUCACUUCUCUUGACUUGUCACGCAACCAAUUCUCAGGAGAACUUCCUGAUUGUUGGAUGAAUAUGACUAUUCUAUCUGUUCUUAAUCUAGCCUAUAACAAUUUCUCUGGAGAAGUUCCACAUUCAAUGGGUUCCUUGACUAAUUUGAAGGCGUUAUACAUACGCCAGAACAGUUUUAGUGGAAUGUUGCCUUCUUUUUCACAAUGUCAGCAGUUGCAAAUCUUGGAUCUUGGAGGGAAUAAGUUGACAGGAAGUAUCCCAGCAUGGAUAGGGACUGAUCUACUCAAUUUGCGCAUUCUAAGCCUGCGGUUCAACAGAUUGUAUGGCAGCAUACCAUCAAUUAUCUGUCAGCUUCAAUUUCUUCAGAUACUGGACCUUUCAGCAAAUGGAUUAUCGGGGAAAAUUCCACAUUGCUUCAACAAUUUUACCAUAUUGUAUCAAGAUAAUAAUACUGGUGAGCCAAUGGAAUUUAUAGUCCAAGGUUUCUAUGGUAAAUAUCCUCGCAGUUACUCAUAUAUUGGUGACCUAUUGGUUCAAUGGAAAAACCAAGAGUCUGAGUACAAGAAUCCUUUAAUAUAUCUGAAGACUAUUGAUCUUUCAAGUAAUGAAUUGGUUGGAGGGGUUCCUGAAGAAAUCGCCGAGAUGAGAGGAUUGAAAUCUUUGAACCUUUCAAGAAAUGAUCUGAAUGGAAGUGUCAUUGAAGGAAUUGGUCAAAUGAAGAUGUUGGAGUCUCUUGACUUGUCAAGAAACCAACUUUCUGGUGUGAUCCCUCCGGGCCUUGCUAAUUUGACUUUUCUUAGUGUGUUGGACUUGUCGAACAACCACUUAACAGGGAGAAUUCCGUCAAGCACUCAAUUGCAAAGUUUUGAUAGAUCAUCCUACAGUGAUAAUGCUCAACUCUGCGGUCCUCCUCUUCAAGAGUGUCCAGGAUAUGCUCUUCCUAGCCCUCGUAUCGAUCCUGGCAGCAAAACCAAUCCACAAGAACAUGAUGAUUAUGAGGAGUUCCUAUCUCUGGAGUUCUAUAUAUCAAUGGUGCUAGGUUUCUCUAUCGCAUUUUGGGGAUUCUUGGGAUGUUUAAUUGUCAACCGUUCUUGGAGGAAUGCCUACUUCACAUUCUUAACGGACAUGACGAGUUGGCUCCAUUUGACAUCAAUACUUUGCUUUGCAAGACUGAAGGGAAAGCUAAGGAACUAAUAAAUGUAAAGUUCCACCAUACUUGUUUACUUUUAAGAGUUGGCUUGUUUUCUUGA